AUGCAGGGAUGUCGAGUGCCCGAUGUGGAGAAGCAGCCGCUUUUCUCCAACAGGGAUUCCCAUUUAUCAGGCCCCGCCGAUUCCAGCCUGUUUCACAACAAAGCAGGAACAAGUCCCUUGCCGACCAUGUCGCGUGUUUUGAAACUCUCGCUCUGUACUACCCUCCUGCUGGUGUUAUUGGUUGUUCACCUACCCAGUGUAGUACCAUCCCCGGUAGACUACGACUCGUCCGAUCGCUACUUUCGCCAGCAUGAGAGGUCCAGAUAUGGCCAUGUCCAGGCUGGAGUCCAAGCCGGGAAGAGGGGCGCCGUCGCCAGCGAGAGUGCCAUCUGCAGUCGGCAUGGUACGGACAUUAUCCUGAUGGGCGGGAAUGCAGCCGAUGCUAUGGUCGCGACGAUGCUUUGCGUUGGUGUUGUGGGAAUGUACCACAGCGGCAUCGGCGGCGGCGGCUUCAUGCUCGUCAAGGCCCCCAACGGCACAUUCGAGUACAUCGACUUCCGCGAGACCGCGCCUGCAGCAGCCUUCGAGGAAAUGUUCGACAAUAACACCAAGGCCUCCACGCUAGGCGGGCUAGCAAGUGGCGUUCCCGGCGAACUGCGCGGCCUGGAAUACCUGCAUAACAAAUACGGCACCCUCCCCUGGUCUGUCGUAGUCCAGCCGGCUGUCCGCACCGCACGAUAUGGAUUCCCCGUCGGCGCAGACACAGUGCGCUACAUGGACUCCGCGGUUAGUGGUGACGGGGUAGACAAUUUCCUAGUGAACGACCCGUCGUGGGCAAUUGAUUUCGCGCCGAACGGGACCAGGGUUCAGCUCGGGGACACGAUCACCCGCAAGCGCUACGCGGAUACGCUUGAGACGAUUGGGUCUGAAGGCCCGGAUGCGUUCUACGAGGGCCCGAUUGCGGAGGCGACAAUUCGGGCGUUGCAGAAGGCGAAUGGGACUAUGACCCUGGAGGACCUGAACGGGUAUAAGGCUGUUUUGAGGAAUAUUUCGCAGAUUGACUAUCGAGGAUAUCGGGUCACGAGCACAACGACACCGUCGAGUGGAACGGUUGUGUUGAAUAUGUUGAAGGUGCUGGAUACGUAUGAGCCGCUUUUUGGACCGGACAAUGUGAAUCUGAGUACCCAUCGGAUGGAUGAGGCGAUGAGGUUUGGGUAUGGGUUGAGGACAGUCCUAGGAGAUCCAGAAUUCGUCGAGGGAGUGUCGGAGUAUGAAAAGGACAUGCUGAAGAAGCAGACUGUCGAUGAUAUCCGCAGAAAAAUUUCGGAUUUGCGGACGCAGAAUGUGUCCGCGUAUGACCCAGCCGGGUUUGAGAGCUUGGAUACGCCAGGAACAUCCCACAUUGCCACAGUUGACCACUCCGGCCUCGCGAUCUCAGCCAUCACAACAAUCAACCUCCUCUUCGGCAGCAAACUAGUCGUCCCAGAGACAGGCAUCAUCAUGAACAACGAGAUGGACGACUUCUCAAUCCCCAACUCCUCCAACUCCUUCGGCUACAUCCCCUCCGAAUCAAACUUCAUCCGCCCACACAAACGCCCCCUCUCCUCCUGCACGCCAGCAAUAGUCACCCACCCCAACGGCACAACCUUCUUCCUUUCAGGCUCCGCCGGCGGUAGCCGAAUCAUCACAGCCACAGUGCAAAACAUCAUCCACGCAGUUGACGAGGGCUUGUCGGCUGCCGAAGCCCUAGCCAAACCGCGUCUGCAUGACCAGCUUGUGCCGAAUCAGGUGGCGUUCGAGUAUGCGUAUGACAAUGCCACGGUAGACUUUAUGAGGGCGCGGGGCCAUAAUGUUACGUGGAUGGCGCCGGGGACGAGUACGGCGCAGGCGAUUCGCGUGUUGGCAAAUGGGACGUUUGAUGCUGCGGGGGAGCCGAGACAGUUGAAUUCAGGGGGGUUUGCUGUCUAG